AUGACGCACACGCACAGGGCCGUUUGGUGGGCGACAGCGCGCAUUCACAAUUGCCGCCCACCGGCAUUUGCUCCUGCUAAGGGAAGACAGGCGAUGAAAAAGGGUCUCUUGCACCAGUUGGAGACCACCGUUGUCCAGUACAAGAGUAAUGAGGAGACGAAAGUGAUGUUCAGUCGUUACGCACGUCGUUCAACGGCUUCUAGACUGGGUGAAACAAGUGGGCACGUCAAGGUUGCCUCGGCAGCGAAGACGGGAAACUGGGCGCGAAGCACUGACAAGGAUAAGAAUAAGACACUUCAACACCAGAAGAUGUUGCUCUGCAGCCCUAUGUGGAGACGUGAGAUAUGCUGCAUUCUGAGCACAUCAUAUCAUGGCCGCACGCUACGCCGUGAUCCGCCCGCGCUUGUUUCUAAACAGAGCGAAAGCUGUCUUCUUCGCGAAGAGGUGUCUCGCCCUCGGUUGUGGCUCCUUCAGCAGCAGGAGGUGUUUCAGGUGGUGCGGCUGUUGCAGGAGCAGAACUCGCUGCUUCACCUUCAGCAGCAGGGGCUGCCAUCGAGUGGUGGGCAAGACGAGAAGCAGUCUCGAUUAAUUCCGCAGAAAAGCAAGUAUGCUUCUCACAGAUGCCUCGUCUCCCUCCCCAGCCUUCUAGGGAAAAGCGCAAAAACUACACCAUGCGGACGUGCUGCACGGCUGCGCAGGCGCGUACAAAUCCGCGACGUUUACGGCGUGGCAGACUUCCGUGACUACGUAGGCGAGAUGCUGCGUGACGCACUUGUGUUGAGCACUUCACCGACCGGUUCAAAACACGAGCAUGGAACUCGUCUUCCUUCUUUCCGUCUCGCUGCCCUGAUGCUCAAGCCAGUCAGCAAAGACUCUGACUGCAUCUUCAUCCACGGCCCAGCAAACCCUUCUCGGCGAGUACCGACGGCCCCUUUGAAAAAUUCCGCCUGUGGCUCUAGUAGAUUUUCCCUGAGUUCUAUGCACCACUGUCGUUCGACUGCAGCGCUCCGUGCCAGGGACGAUUGA